AUGCCACCUAAAAGGAGGAAACUUUUGGGAUGGCACACGGCAGCUGUCUCCGCUGCUAGAGCAGCGAGGUCGAGUGAAAUCCCUGAACAGUCUUCUUUGCGUCUUUCACGGAUGGCCUUGAGCUCAGCUGCUCGCUUAUCUACGGAAAGCGCCGCUGUGCAGACUGAAAGGUUGGCUUCAACGGCUUCAAUCAUGUUCGCAUGCCGCGCCAGGCUUUCAGUUGAAGAACGUUCACUUCAGAAUUCACAGGACGCAGUCCGCAUGGCUAGGUUGAGGGCUUCACAGUCCCCUGCACAGAAAAUCAUUCGUCGUUUGCGGGAUGCCACCGCCAAAGCUUGCUCCAGGGGUUUGGAAAGCCCUGAACAAACAACUUCAUGUUAUCUUAGGAAUACUAGGGCUAGAGCCGCCUCUAGAGCUUCAGAAAAACCCCAAGAAACCGCUCGUUAUCGCUUUAGAAAUGCCCUAUCCACCGCGUCUGCAAGAGCCUUAGAAAUCUGCAAGAGCCUUAGAAAGCUCUGCACAGACCACUGUUCAUUGCAUUAG